AAAAAUCCGUUUGUCAAUUCAUCGUUGGGUAAUUUUAGUAAUGCCCCGUCUCCAGCUCACUGAGAGUGGCGGGUGAGACGACAAUCUCACACAAGAGCCCUGAUUGGCCAGGAAAGGAGGUGGGACUCGGGAGCUGGUAUCAGCAGCGCUUAAUCCGCACAAAGAAAAUUCCAUUUAUAACUUUUUUGGUAAAACCUGAUUUUUAAAUAAAUAUAUAACGCGGUGAUGUAAGCAAAGCAAGUGAGCAUAGUUUGAAUCCACGUCGAUACCCGCACAGAUGGGUGCGCACUACGCCCGCUUAACGUUCAUUUGUGGCUCUAACUAGACAGAAGAGAGAAAAGGAGAAGCAGCAUUGCUUCGCUUCUGCUGUUGUUUUCCCUAUUUGAUACUCGGUGGUUUUUUUUCCUCCUGGUUGUCGUUUUGUGUAUUUCAAUCAUGAUUUCACGUGAACUAUGAGCGACAUCGUUUUGUUGGACUCGUUUAUCCUCGCAUUGGAAGAUGGUUUUGGAGUAGCUUCCGCUUUCUUGUGUUUAGUCGUGUCUUCGUUGAUUUGAUGGAGGAUGCAGACAGUUGCAGUAGCAGGGCAGUGGAUUCAUGGCCGACGCACAAUCGGAAGCAGAGGCAGAAGGUUGUUGAAAUUUAUGAAGAGGUUCGUCGUAGACUCAAGAGUUGGGACAAUGAAGAGGCGAUGCGUCCGGGUUUUGAUGAUGAACUUUGGGCACACUUCUCUCGACUUCCGACUAGGUAUGCGCUUGAUGUAAAUGUAGAGAGGGCCGAAGAUGUUCUUACACACAAGAGACUACUACAAUUGGCACAUGAUCCAGCCACUAGACCAGCACUUGAAGUCCGCCUUGUGCAGGCCCAUCCCAUUUUUGGUGGAAUUUAUGGUGAUUCUGAUCCUUCAAACCCUUUAAAAAAGGUGGAUGCUCAAAGUCAUUAUCACACCAGUCAGAGGAGCACUCAUCCACCAUCUACCUUUGGAUUGUUGCCUAAUAUGAAAGUUUUGGUUGAAGCCAAAAAUUCACAUGUUCAAGAUGGAGAAGGUGAUGUGGAUGCCAAUCUACGCUCUUGGAGGCUGAUGCAUGAAGUUAUAAUUUCAACAAAUGACAAGCCCAAGCUCCUCAGUCAGGUAGCCUUUUGGUUGACCUCAUUACUUUCUGAUAUUGGAUUGAACAUUCAAGAAGCACAUGCUUUUUCCACGACAGAUGGCUACUCCUUGGAUGUUUUUGUUGUUGAGGGUUGGGCACAUGAGCUGUUUGAUUUAUUUACAUCUCGGAAACUUCAGGAAACUGAGCAGCUUAGAAAUGUACUGCUAAAGGAAAUUCAAAUGAUUGAGAAGCAACCUUGGUCAGAAUUCCAGCUCAUAUCUCCUGGGAGGGAGCAAGGACACCCUGAAAAACAGCUUAUCCCUAGUCAAAUAAACUUAACCAUUGAUGGGGCUGAUGUCUGGGAAAUUGAUGCCACGCUGUUGAAAUUUGAAAACAAAAUUGCAUCUGGAUCGUAUGGAGAUUUGUAUAAAGGUACUUUUUGUAGCCAGGAUGUGGCUAUUAAAGUUCUCAAGACUCAGCAUUUAAAUGAAGAUAUGUGGAGGGAAUUUUCUCAAGAAGUCUAUAUUAUGAGAAAAGUUCGGCACAAGAAUAUUGUGCAAUUUAUUGGUGCAUGUACCAGACCUCCAAGCCUGUGCAUUGUGACUGAGUUUAUGUUUGGUGGAAGCGUCUAUGACUUUCUGCAUAAGCAAAAGGGCAGUUUUAAGCUUCCAUCCUUGCUCAAAGUAGCAAUUGAUGUGUCCAAGGGAAUGAAUUACUUGCAUCAAAAUGACAUAAUCCACAGGGACCUGAAAGCUGCCAAUAUUCUGAUGGAUGAAAACAAAGUUGUUAAGGUUGCUGAUUUUGGUGUUGCUAGAGUACAAGCUCAAUCUGGAGUCAUGACUGCUGAAACUGGAACUUAUCGUUGGAUGGCUCCAGAGGUCAUUGAACAUAAACCAUAUGAUCACAAGGCUGAUGUUUUCAGCUUCGGAAUUGUAUUGUGGGAGCUUCUAACAGGAAAGCUUCCUUAUGAGCACUUAACCCCAUUACAAGCUGCAGUUGGUGUGGUCCAGAAGGGUCUAAGGCCUACUAUUCCGAGUCACACUUAUCCAUCACUUGUAAAAUUGAUCAAGAGAUGCUGGCACCAGGAACCAUCUUUAAGACCUGAAUUCACUGAAAUUAUGGAGAUAUUGCAGCAGAUGGCUAGCAAGGUUGUGGAAAAAAAGAGAGAGAUCUUAGAGGGAAGAGGGAAAAGGCAGAAGGAGAAAUCCAUCUAGGAGAAUUUUAUCUAUGCUCUCUAACAGGUGGCCACUAGGGUGAGGAUGCUGUAGAUAGUGUGUUUAACACUUUUGUUGUGAGUCAUGUGCUCCUACCUUAUAUUCAAUUUAUAUAUGGAAUCCUGUUUUGACAUUUCAAAUUAUAUAGGGCUUCCUUGUUUUUCUUGCUUCAGUUGUUAAUACCAAAUAACUUCAUUUUCCGGGAAGAAAAUUGUUAGGUGACCUAAGCCUAAAUAUGGGGCAUUUUGAACUGGUGGGAUCUCAAAUUGGAUUUGAAUCGUCCAUGAUUUGCAUUAUGGUUCAGGUUUCAUAGCCGUUGAACAGAUGAAAAGACAAAGAAGGAAAUGUAUUUGAUUGUUUGCUUACAGUAUUACGCUCUACUUUUAUUAGAAAUAACAUGCUAAAAAUGGGCAACAGUAUUGGGAUUCACAAUGUAUCUUUUUAGUCAAGCCUUUUUGAGUUCCUGGCUUUAUGAACUGUAAAUCCCUAUUUCUGAGUUCCAAAGAUAAAGGGAAACUCAUGUGGAAGAACAGGAAGCAUUCUUUUUUUCACGUGAAAUUUCCUCACAUGUGCUUUCUAACUGUUAAAUUCCUUAUUUCUAUCUACUGGGGUGUGCUGCUCAUCUGAGAACAGCAGAUAGCUUCAAACUUUCUUGUCAGGGCUCCCUGCUGGUCGACCUGGGAUUAUCCAUGGUAAAUAUUUUUUUUAUGAUAAUAAAACUGGAGUAAGAUUUUGCCUGGUUGUGAGAUAACCUAUUAUAAUUGAGCGAAAGCCAGUCUUCCAAGAUUUGCCGGCUAGACAACUCUGGUGGAAUAAUUAUGAAGCCUGUUGUAUAGUUUCUUAACAUUUCUUGUAGUUUUAAUUCCAUCCAUGAAAUAUAUAGCCAACCAUACAAUUGUUCAGCACAGGAUGUUUUUAGAUUCUUUUUAAUGCUCUUUACAUUUAACACGGACAAUUGCCAGCUUUGUCUCCCUAUUGAGGUUUUUUUAUUUAUUUUUUGUUUAAGGGAAGGCAAUUAUUAAUAUUGCAAUGAAGUUAUUUAAUCAUAUCACUUGAAGAAAUCUACCACACACACACUCAUAUGAUAUAUAUUUAUAGACAUUACCCUUUUUUCUAAAAUAAUUUUUGAAAUGACUUCUCCUUCCUCAAAGACUUGGCACCUUACUAAAAUUUGAUCUAUUUAUUCAAUUUUUAAAAUUAAUUUUCAGUUUCUGAUGUGGCAAUGAGAAGUGUCUUUUUGUAGCAUAUAGAAACCCAACUAGUAAUUCUUGAGAAUCAACUUUGGCUUUAGACUCAAACGCCUAGGGAAUCAGGAGCAUAUUGUAGUUGAACUCUCUGGUAUCAUCUGUCGCGUUGUCCACAGCUUGUUAAUGGAGGUUUUGAUUUACAGAAUUGUAUCCUGUCUUUCUUCUUCAGUUUCAACUGUUACCACUUAUCUUAGUAUCAAAUGCAUCUAUUUAUAGUCUAGAUACUUUACUAAUAGCGGCUUUAAAUGGUGUAAUUUUUCCACCCACACUUUUCUCUCUGCUAUAUCCCUUUCAUCUCUCCACUAACUCUUUUCUCUCUGCUAUCUUUCUUCCUUUAUUGCUCUCUUUGUGUGGAACCUGAUGGUUUGCACAAAUUCCUUUAAUGGGAACUCUUGAGGAAGUCUUUGAAGUUCCAAUAAUCUCUCAUGGUAAGGAAUGUCAAGGGUAUACCAAGCUUUCUUGGAUUGCACCCAAGACAAUCACAUGGCUCAUUCCAUUAUUCAGGUGAUUGGAGAGAAGUUUCAGUCAAGAUUGAUGAUGGAAAUCUUCAUCUUCCACCAAAUGAGGUCUUGUUGAGAUCAAAGGCCUCGACCAAUGAACAUGAUCAACUACAAGCCAGGAGUGGUCCAUCAUUGGGGCAUGAAAUCUGCUGGUGCCUAGAAGAUGUGUUGGUUUCUACUUCCAUUGUAACUUUUUGGCGAAACUCAAGGCGGGUGAGGACGACAACUCAGUCGAGGUUGAUGUACCCACCUGCAAGUUUAUUGAGAAAAGAUGACAAUGAGGAGGAUGACAUAGAUGAAGAUAUACCAGAAGAAUAUGUUCUAAACAAGUGCAGUGUAUUAACAAUUUCAGAAUGGCUGAGUCUUGUUUUAGCCAUAGAAUAUGUGGUUCUCAGUGUUAAAUACCUGUCUUAAGGAAGCAAAUUCUGUGGCAUCUUGCGCUGUGGAAAUGGGAGGUGAUGGGCAUGGCGAUAAAAUAUGGCAUUAGGUAUCAGACUGGGCAGUUCAUUGUUUCUGUGCACCCGGUGGAAUGAAGUUUUCUUUUGAGAAAAAGGGUUUUGUGUUUUGUUUUUACUGGUUGAAGGACUGUUUGGAAUUGUGUUUUUUACAAUUACAUAAUGCAGUUUGUGGUUUUGGUUUUUAUUGUUUGGGAAUGUGUUUUUUAGAACAAGGUUGAGAUGGAAACCCACAGUAUGCCUUCUGGCGGUCACCAUGAUAUGGCUUCUUAUGAUAGUACUUGGUAACACUCUCGCAUGAGCACUUUCUUGGCAAGAGUUUAGCAGUUGUUAAUUGAGCAAGAUGUGGUUAAGAAGCUCUUGUUGGCUGAGGUUGAGAUGCCUUGCAACUUUGGAGCUGACAUCUUGGGGACCCUUGUUCCAACAAUGAGUGGGCGUACAAUGAGAUAUGAAUUGACCGCCUAAAUAAGCUGAAUCUGAGGAAUGCGUCUGCUUGGAAUAUGAAGAUUUUUGAUGGAUAAGGUUCAUUUUAGGGGACUGUUCACUCUGGUUGAUUUGAAACUGAAUUUAGAAAUUGGGAAUGAAUGUCCAUAGCAGGGGAGGUAUAAGUGCCAGGCCACAAAGGUGGUGAAUAAAAUACUUAAAGAUGUAGCUGCAUUGGAUUCUGACAUUCAUCCACCAUCUACCUCUGGUUUUUGCCUGAUAUCAAAGUUAUGGUUGAAGCCAGAAAUUCACAUGUUCAAGAUGGAGAAAGUGACGGGGAUGCCAAUCUACUCUCUUCUGAAUCAGGCUUCACCUUAUGGGUGAAAUUAGUUACACAAUGAAAAGAUGACACACUUCAAGUUCCAUACAAAUGAAAUGUACAGUGUAUGUGUACACUUCCAAACAGGAGGGUGCAUAAUGUUGUCUUUGAUAUUCUCACUCUUCAACUGGGAGCUGAAGAUGGAACUGGCCAUGGCUCCAGUUAGUCCAUAACCCAUGGGAUGGCCACUGUAAGAUGGGCUCAGGUCUCCAUUAAGCCAUGAUCCCUAUGGGUGCUGCCACAAGAGAGGCCUUGGGCAGAAUAGGGCCACAACCCUGAGGAGCUGAUGCAUGAAGUUAUAAUUUCAACAAAUGACAAGCCCAUGAUCCUCAGUCAGAUCGCUGACCUUUUUGGGACAGACUGCUACUCAUUAUCUGUUUUUUCUGUUGAGGGUCGGGCAUAUGAGAAAUUCGUUUGAUGGGAACUCUUGAACAAGUCUUUGGAGUUUCACUAUGCUCUUAUGGUAAGCAAUGUCAAGCCUUUACCAGGCUCUCUUGGAUUGCACCCAAGACAAUCAGAUGGCCCAGUCUAUUGAUUCAGGUUGUUAAGGUUGCUGAUUUUGGUUUUGCUGGAUUACAAGCUCACUCUGGAGUCAAUGACUGCUGAAACUGGAACUUAUGGUUGGUUUUGCUGGAUUACAAGCUCCACAGGUAAAUGUUCUACUGAUUUACUUUGGGAUAUUGGACGUGUUAUUUUGGGCAACUUACAGUGAUAUGGCAUAUUCCAAGUUAUGCCAUCUAACUUGCAGUGGUAUAACCAUUCCUGACACGCUGUGAUUGUUUGGUCUUUUAAGUACUGUAAAUAAUUUUGUUCUACAUUUGUUUUUUCUAAUCACACAUGGUUUGAUA